AUGAGUUUUGUGAUGGUCCAAUCUGUGAACAUCAUGACAGCCAUCAUGUUACUGAGUCUCCUCUUUAUUCCAAGCAUUUUGGAUGCUUUUAAUACAUUAGUUUCAUUCAUAUCCAUUACUGCACCACCACAGAUGGAAGCUCUGAGUGGAUCUUGUUUACAAAUCCCAUGUAACUUUAAUGCUACUGGAUCACCAGCAUUUAACAGCACAAGACCUGUUUUUGGGGUGUGGAUUAAAUCAUUUCUAAAUAGUGUGAUGUUCAACAGCAGUGGGACAGUUAAAAUCUAUCCAAUGAAUAUUACAGGAAACCUGAAACAGAAAAACUGCACAACUCUGUUUUCAAAUUUAACCACAACUUAUACAAACACAUACUACUUCAGGAUUAUGAACUGGCCGUUCAGAGCAACUGCUGUUGAUCCUCUUCAAAUAACAGUUAAAGAUUCUCCUUGGAGGCCCAAUAUUACAGUCUCAGGUGAUCUGAUGGAGAAGGAGUCUGUCACUAUAACCUGCUCAGCUUUCACUCCCUGUCCACACUCCCCUCCUGAACUCACCUGGAAUCUCCAACAAGACUCUCACAACAAAAUAGAGGAAAACACAGAUGGAAGCUUUACAACUAAAAUCCAGCAGACCAUCACUCUGUCAGACACACAUGAUGGAAAGAAGAUCAACUGCUCUGCCAGAUAUCCUGUGAACCAAGGAGAAGAAACCAAGACAGCAGAGACAGUAGAGACUCUCAGUGUUUCAUAUGCUCCUAAAAACACCUCAGCAUCCAUCAGUCCAUCAGGUUUGGUGUCAGCAGGCAGCUGGGUGAACCUGACCUGCUCCAGCAGAGCCAAACCUCCAGUCAGCAGCUUCACCUGGUUCAAGAAGAGCACAGAUGGACCUGUGAACGUAUCUGAAGGACAGAUUUACAGCUUCAAUGUAACAGAUGGAGGAGUUUAUUAGUUUUAUUACUGUGUGGCAACUAAUGAUCUGGGUACUCAGACAUCAGCAGAGAUUCAUGUGAAUAUUGAAGGUGUUUAAAAUCAAAGCAUCAAAUUCAACAGACUCAGAUUCAAAUACAUGAAGAGCUGGUUAGUAAAAGAGAAGGAGAGGAAGAAAACAUCCAUUAUGGAGAGAUCAGCUUCUCUGUGCUGGGAUAUGAAG